AUGGAUCCAAAAAUGUUGUUAUGUUUACCAGAAGGAGAUGCAUUGUUUAAUCCACUCAAUACAAUGUUUAUCCAAAUGGCUUGCAUUCUCGUCUUCUCUCAGUUCUUCUAUAUCUUCCUUAAACCCUGUGGCCAAGCCGGUCCCGUUGCUCAGAUUCUCGCUGGGAUUGUAUUGAGUUUGCUCACAAUAAUCAAAACCGUCCACGAUUUCUUCCUCCAAAAAGACUCAGCAAGCUACUACAUAUUUUUCUCAUUUCUUCUACGAACAUGUUUCAUGUUCUUGAUCGGUCUUGAACUUGAUCUUGACUUCAUGAAACGAAACUUAAAGAACUCCAUUGUCAUAACCUUGGGAUCCUUAGUCUCUUGUGCCAUCAUCUGGAUCCCUUUCCUCUGGUUCAUCGUCCGUUUUCUACAUCUCAAAGGGGACUUCUUAACCUUGUACGUAGCCUUCCUCGUUACCUUAUCCAACACGGCAUCUCCUGUGGUCAUCCGCUCAAUCAUUGAUUGGAAACUCCACACAUCUGAGAUCGGACGGCUAGCAAUUUCCUGCGGAUUGUUUAUUGAAGUAACCAACAUAUUCAUCUACACUAUGGUCAUAGCUUACAUCUCCGGGAAGAUGAUGGGAGACAUCUUUGCCUACACAUGUGCCACGGUCGUUAUAAUCUUCAUCAAUAGAUUCUUAGCUUCAUGGCUCCCUAAAAGAAGCCCUAAAGAGAAGUACCUAUCCAAAGCUGAAACGCUUGCUUUCUUCAUCCUUAUUCUGAUAAUCGCGUUAACCAUUGAAUCCAGCAACAUAAACUCAACAGGUUUUGUGUUUUUGAUUGGAUUAACGUUUCCAAGAGGAGGUAAAACUUAUAGAACGUUGAUCAACCGGCUGAGUUACCCUAUUCACGAGUUUGUUCUUCCGGUUUACUUUGGUUACAUUGGGUUUAGAUUCAGCGUCCACUCUCUAACCAAACGUCAUUUCCUAGCCCUAGGUUUGACAGUGGCUCUGAGCAUGGUUGCGAAGCUUCUAGGAGUCUUAUGCGCAUGUUUAUACCUUAAGAUCCCAAAGAAGUAUUGGCUUUUCUUGUCUACCAUUCUUUCAGUUAAAGGUCAUAUUGGUCUGGUUCUCCUGGACUCUAACUUGACCUACAAGAAAUGGUUUACUCCAAUAAUUCAUGAUAUGUUCAUUGCGACAUUGGUGAUCACGACUUUAUUAAGCGGAGUAAUAUCUUCUUUAUUACUUAGAGCGCAAGAAAAGGGUUUCUCACACCUAAAAACAUCCCUUGAGUUCCACGACACCAAAGAGGAGCUACGUGUGCUGACUUGCGUCUACGGUGUGCGUCAAGCUCGUGGACUGAUCUCUCUAAUCUCCGCUCUAAAUGGAGUUUCUUCCUCACCGUUCACACCUUAUCUCAUGCACCUCAUACCCCUUUCCAAGAAGCGAAAAACAGCGCUAUUGUACCACGAGCUAGACGAAGAUGGAUUAAACUCCAGUGGCGGAGACGAUGAGUUUGGAACCAACGAAGGCCUAGAGAUCAACGACUCGAUAGAUUCAUUCACUAGAGACAGAAAGGUAAUGAUCAGGCAAGUGAAACGAGUAGCGCUGAUGAAGAACAUGCACGAGGAGAUAUGUAACGGGAGUGAAGAUCUUCGCGUCUCCAUCGUGUUUCUUCCGUUCCAUAAACACCAGAGGAUCGAUGGGAAAACUACAAACGAUGGGGAAGUGUUUAGAGAUAUGAACCGGAAGGUUUUAAAGCAAGCACAGUGUUCUAUCGGUAUCUUUGUGGAUAGAAACAUAACCGGGUUUCACCAGCUUCACGGGUUUGAUUCGGUACAACAUGUUGCUGCAUUGUUCUUUGGUGGUCCUGAUGAUCGUGAGGCUUUGUCUUUGUGCCAGUGGCUUAUUAAUAACUCUCAGAUUCACCUCACUAUUAUACAGUUUGUAGCAGAUGGUUCGGGAGCAGAGAAUCUUGUCGGAGAUGCGGUGACCAAAGAAAACAACGAUGUCUUAAUGGAGAUUGUUGGUAACGAUAAAACAAACGACGAAACUGAUCGAAUUUUCUUAGAGGAAUUCUUUAACAGAUAUGUAACUACGGGGCAAGUUGGAUUCAUAGAGAAGAGAGUAAGCAACGGAUUGCAAACACUGACGAUUCUGAGAGAGAUAGGAGAGAUGUAUUCACUAUUUGUUGUGGGGAAAAACAGAGGAGAUUGCCUAAUGACGUCAGGGAUGAACGAUUGGGAAGAGUGUCCGGAACUAGGAACGGUCGGAGAUUUCUUGGCUUCAUCAAAUAUGGAUGUAAAUGCUUCUGUAUUAGUAGUUCAAAGACAUAGACACUCAUUUGAUAUCUUUGUGGAUGAAUAG